AUGCCCCUCCACCACUUGAUGAUUGGGACAUGGACCCCGCCAGGGGCCAUCUUCACGGUGCAGUUUGACGAUGAGAAUCUGACGCUGAAGCUGGUGAAGCGCACCGAGAUCCCCCACGAUGAGCCAAUAUCAUGGAUGACCUUUGACCAUGCCAAGAAGAACCUGUAUGGCGCCGCCAUGAAGAAAUGGUCCAGCUUCGCCGUCCGGAGCCCGACCGAGAUUGUCCAUGAGGCGUCACAUCCCAUGGGAGGCGACCCCAGAGCCAACAGUUCCGAGACCAACACGCGCGCCAUCUUCCUCCUCGCGGCCAAGCAGCCACCGUAUGCCGUCUAUGCCAACCCCUUCUACAACCACGCCGGCUACGGCAACGUCUUCUCCGUCUCCGACACGGGCAAGCUCGAGACCAACAUCCAAAACUACCCGUACCAACCCAACACGGGGAUUCACGGCAUGGUCUUCGACCCGACCGAGACGUACCUCUACUCGGCGGACCUGACGGCGAACAAGCUCUGGACGCACCGCAAGCUGCCGUCGGGCGAGGUCGAGCUGGUGGGGAGCGUGGACGCCCCGUCACCCGACGACCACCCGCGGUGGGUAGCGAUGCACCCGAGCGGCAACUAUCUCUACGCGCUGAUGGAGGCCGGGAACCGGCUGUGCGAGUAUGUAAUCGACCCGGCCACGCACAUGCCCGUGUACACGCACCACAGUUUUCCCCUGAUCCCGCCGGGCAUCCCCUCGCGGGAUCGCGAGACGGGCAAAGGGCUGUACCGGGCCGACGUGGUGGCGCUGACGUGCAGUGGGCGGUACAUGUUUGCCUCGUCGCGCGCGAACCGCUUCGACCUGCAGGGGUACGUGGCCGCGUUCCGCCUGCGCGACUGCGGCAGCAUCGAGCGCCAGCUCUGCCUCAACCCGACCCCGACCAGCGGCGGCCACAGCAACGCUGUGUCCCCUUGUGAUUGGAGCGACGAGUGGCUGGCCAUCACGGACGACCAGGAGGGCUGGCUGGAAAUGUACCGGUGGCAGGACGAGUUUCUGCACCGCGUUGCGAGGAUCAGGAUUGCUGAGCCCGGAUUCGGCAUGAAUGCGAUUUGGUACGACUGA